AUGAGAAGCAUAAGGGAUACUUUCUCACUUUUGCCUCGCUCUUCGCCUCGCUUCCCAGUUUUGGAUCUUGAUCCGCGCUCGUUGUUAACGCCAUACCAGCAAGGCAAAGUCCGCUUCCACAUCCCUGGCCGGCCGAGCGUGGAUGUCGCGGCUGGCGAGAUGGUCACAGUUCCUGUCCGGCUGCCGCACAAGUUCAGCAACCCUUUUGACGAGGAGGCCGUCUUCAUCAACACAGCAACCCCCGGUUUCUUCGUGCGCUACUUUGAACAUCUUGAAAACUUGAUUGGCGAUGGGAAGGUCCUAACGCCCGAGAUCAACGCUGAGGCGUUGAAGAGGUUUGCUACCAUUCCGUUGCCACCUGAGGAUGUGAAGCGAUUAGAAGAGACGGGUAUGGCGGGUGAAAAGAAGCUCAAAGCCGAAAAUGAAAUAAAAGAGUGUGUGAAUAGGUCACCAUUGACUUUAUAG